GGAUAAAAGCAGAGAGAGAGGGAGAGAGUGAGAGAGAGAGAGAGAGAGUGAGAGCAAAUAUCGUUUCAACUCUCUGAAACUAAGUUUUCUUUUUCUUUAAUAUAUAUCAUCCUUUCUAUAGAGAGCAUCAGAGCACGCGUGGGCUUCAAAAUUAGCAGAGUUGUUAAUCUGGGAAGCUUGUGUUCGCUAUCUUAGAAACAGAGCAGUUUUUAUUUCUUAUGGAGAAGCAGGCUUAAAUUUUCCGCCGGACGUCCUCUCAAUGGCAAUCCUCUUAGCUUCCCCUUUAAGGUGACUGGAGGUGACUGAAGAAUGCCCAGAGUAAGGGCAUUGUUGGAAUUGACUUAUUGUAUGCUACCUUCCUCAGUUGGAAUUAACCUGUGACCAUGUGAGUAAGCAGAGGUCAACUUGUAUCAGGUUACGAUUAGCCUUGAGUGACUGGUGGUCUCACGAUUUGACAAAACAUGAGAUUUGGGCCAAAGAAAGGAUGGCUCCAUUUCUGCAUAUUUCCAAGAGUCAAACCAGAUACUGAUGUUGCAGGCGAUACACCAGUAUAUCUCAAUGUCUAUGAUUUAACACCCGUGAAUGGCUACAUAUAUUGGGCUGGAUUUGGCAUCUUUCACUCUGGCGUGGAAGUUCACGGAGCAGAAUAUGCCUUUGGAGCUCAUGACUCUCCAUCCAGUGGCGUUUUUGAAGUUGAACCUCGGCAAUGUCCAGGCUUCAAGUUUAGGAAGUCUGUACUUAUUGGCACUACAUGCUUGGAUGCACCUGAGGUUAGGGAGUUCAUGGAGUACCACUCUUCAAACUACUAUGGCAAUACGUAUAGUUUGAUUGCCAAGAACUGCAACCAUUUUUGCAAGGACGUUUGUUACAGGCUGACUAAGAAACCGAUUCCAAAAUGGGUAAAUCGCCUGGCUGAAAUAGGUUCAAGCUUCCACUGUGUACUACCUGAAUCAUUCAACGAUUCUGUUUUGCAACACAAUCCAAGUUCUGAUGAAGAAUGUUCCAGCGACAAGAGAAAGCUAAAAAGUUCCUUCAGCAGUCUGUCUUCUGUAUCAAUCCGGCAAAUGCAGUUGUCGAGGUCUUCCUUAUUUCUGCGGUCACCCUUAAAAGGCUGCUCACCUCUAUGGGAAAAAAUAAAGUCUAAAAAUGGUUUACUAAACGGAAGGUUGGAAUAGAUUGCUUGUGGGCGA